AUGCAAGUUGACACCGGAAGUCAAGUCACAAUUAUUCCAAAGAAUUUUUGGGAACUAAUGUCUAAACCGAAAUUACAAAAAUGCUACCUUCACCUGAAACAGUUUGAUGGUACAGUUAUAAAAGUCCUAGGUAAAUUUGAGGCAACUUUGGAAACUGAAUCAAAAAUGAAUAUCGUACGAAUUAUUGUUGCAGACUGUACAAAACGUCAUGGUCUAAUUGGUAUGGAUGUAUUAAAUAUCAACGCCACAAAAUUAGUUAAUAGUAUGGAACCUAUUGUUGAGGGGUGUUUAAUUAAUUACAAAGCAAAUAUUCUGUUAAAAAAUGGCAUACAACCAACUUAUUUUGAAUCUCGACCUCUUCCUAUUCACAUAAGACCACUAGUGGUAGAUAAACUUAAUGGAAUGAUACAGCAAGGGUUGCUUCAAAGGGUUCCUCCUGGUGGAAGCAGAUGGGCUUCACCGCUUGUGGUUGUUAGAAAAACAGACAGAGAUUUACGCAUUUGUGCGGAUUACAAAAUAGGUGUUAACCAAAAAAUAUGCUCAGACUCAUAUCCUAUCCCAAACAUUGAGACCGUAUUUCAUAAAAUGGUAGGGAUGAAAUAUUUUGCUAAAAUUGAUCUUAAGGGAGCUUAUCAUCAAAUUGAGAUGGACAAAGAGGCACGAGAAAUAACGACAGUUAAUACCCCUAUUGGAUUAUUAAGAUGGACUUGUUUACCUUUCGGAAUAAAGACUGCAAGUGCAAUAUUUCAAAGAGCGAUUGAAUCUGUUGUUGGCGAUAUUAUUCCCAAUUUGAUUAUAUUUCAAGAUGAUAUAUGUAUCUGUGUUAAAAAUGCUGAAGAACUCAAAUCGAAUUUGAAUAAAAUAUUGAGCAAAUUGAAGGAACCGGGAAUAAGCAUAAAUAAACGAAACUCAGUGAAUGAAAUAAAAAGCCUUUCAUUUUUAGGAUAA